CCACGCUCCCAUUUUACCUAGGUGGAUCCUGAGGCCCAGAGUGGACAAAGGGCUUGCCAAGGUCGCAGAGCGCGCAGAGGAUUAGAACCCUGACUUCCGUCAAGCACCUGCGGAGUUGGAGACGCCCACGGGCAACGCCCACCUGGCCGGGUGAGUGGAGGGGGCGGGCGAGUCGGAGGGGUGGAGUUUAUUCGCGCCCCGCCUCCUUCACCCAGGCUUGGGGGCGGGGCCUUCCUGCAACCUUCGCGGCUCCAACAUGGCUCCGCGGCUAUGCAGCAUCUCUGUGGCGGCGCGGCGGCUGCUGGGGGGCCCGGGGCCCCGCGCUGGGGACGUUACGGCUGCAGCUGCGGCGCGUUUCUAUUCCAAGGACAAUGAAGGCAGCUGGUUCCGCUCCCUCUUUGUUCACAAGGUGGAUCCCCGGAAAGAUGCCCACUCCACCCUGCUGUCCAAGAAGGAAACCAGCAACCUCUACAAGAUCCAGUUUCACAAUGUAAAGCCCGAAUACCUGGAUGCCUACAACAGCCUCACGGAGGCUGUGCUGCCCAAGCUGCACCUGGAUGAGGACUACCCAUGCUCACUCGUGGGCAACUGGAACACGUGGUAUGGGGAACAGGACCAGGCAGUGCACCUGUGGCGAUUCUCAGGUGGCUACCCAGCCCUCAUGGACUGCAUGAACAAGCUCAAAAACAAUAAGGAGUACCUGGAGUUCCGAAGGGAGCGGAGCCAGAUGCUGCUGUCCAGGAGAAACCAGUUGCUCCUCGAGUUCAGCUUCUGGAAUGAGCCACAGCCCAGAUUGGGUCCCAACAUCUAUGAGCUGAGGACAUACAAGCUCAAGCCAGGAACCAUGAUCGAGUGGGGGAACAACUGGGCUCGGGCCAUCAAGUACCGGCAGGAGAACCAGGAGGCAGUGGGCGGCUUCUUCUCACAGAUAGGAGAGCUCUACGUGGUGCACCAUCUCUGGGCCUAUAAAGACCUGCAGUCUCGGGAGGAGACUCGAAACGCUGCCUGGAGGAAGAGAGGCUGGGAUGAAAAUGUCUACUAUACAGUGCCCCUGGUGCGACACAUGGAGUCUAGGAUCAUGAUCCCCUUGAAGAUCUCGCCUCUCCAGUGAUGCUGCCUACACCUCCACCUCCUCCCCCUUCUCCCUCAGGCAACCCUGACAGACAGUGGCACUCCCAGUCCUGCUGUCUUGGUUUUUUCUUGGCUCUGGGAGGACUCUGAGGGGCAGUACUCAACUCAGACAAGGGGGAACUGAAGGCUGACAAGUUCUGAGGAUUACAGCUCUGCCCGGGCCCUUUCCACUUUCCCUGCCUGCCUCCUUCUCCCUGCUAGAAGUAGUUUCUAAUUUCCCUGAAUGAAGGAUAGCGAUCUUUUAGGCCUUCUUAUAUCUUCUAGAAUUCCUCAUCUCAAGGCCACCAGUCCCCAGUUAUCACCCUGGGAAAUCCUCCGUUUAGCUUAGUUGCACAAAAGGUAACAUGUCCAGUGGCUAGAGGUGGGGUGGGAAGACAGGAGCCCAGGCCAGGCCCUAAGGAAUUCCCUGGUCUCCACUGGGCCACCCACUUGCUGGACAGCCUGAGCCAAGUCCCUCCUGUUGGAGAAAAGCCUGGAACUGCCAAAAACAAAACAAAACAAAACAAAAACCUCAUCACCAUGGUCAGGAGGAGGUCCAGACAUUCCACCCAGAGAGGCUGGGGAAAGGGAUGGAAGCCAGGAAGGAUUUUUAAGGGCAGGAGACAGACACGUAACAGGAACUCAGAAGGUAGAGCUUAGAAUUCAGAACUUGGGUUUCAAUUGUAGAAUUUGGAAUCUGGAAUACAGAAUUGGGAAGAAGAACAGAGAUGACAAAAGACCACUUGAAGAAAGGUUCCUAAUACUAGACAGAUGGAGAGUGGCUCGGCUGUUUCCCCCUACAUAUUGGGGUUGAAAACUUAAAUGUGUAGUUCCAGUCUUUCUAUGCAGAAAGUCUCUCCUGCCCUCCCUCCUUCCUGCAGGCAAAUGUACCACCUAGGGCCUGUUCCCUCACCCUGUAUUCUGUCUCCCCAGAUUGACAUUCUGUCAGCCCAACCCUCAUUCUGCAGGGCCACCUGGUGUGUGGAGGGGGGGUCAGUGAUUCGGGGGGGUCUCCUCAGUGACCCCCAUACCUAUCAUGAACCCUUGGGUAGCUUGAUUCUGCCUCCCAGCCAGGAAAACUUGUGCUGGAGUUGCUGAUGGAACCAAUUAAAUAUUUACUAUAAA